CUCGCUGCUCUCUCAUUCGGCGUUUUUCUGCGUAACUGUGUGGACGUUCUCCUUCUGUGUACAGCAACUGAAAAGCAAAAAAAAAAGGAAUAAAUACCCCAGCAAUUCUGAAAGCAAAAAAGAAGCUGCUAUACACACAUACAAAUUGUACAAAUUUAUAAAAUUUGCUAAAAUUUGUUUGUUCCGUUUACAACGUGUCGAUUUUUGCCCGGCAAUCUUAAAAGCUUCGUUUAAAGCAAAUCACCUCUUAAACGUGUUUUACGCGCUUCGCUUUUUGAAAAACCAACAGUAAAACAAAAUGGCUGAUGUGGCUGAGCAAAAAAAUGAGACCCCUGUUGUGGAGAAGGUUGCCGCUGAGGAAGUAGAUGCUGUGAAAAAGGAUGCCGUUGCUGCCGAUGAUGCAGCAGCAGCAACACCAGCAGCAGCUGAGAAACCAGCCACAGAGAACGGUGCCGCCGCCGCCGAUGAGGAAGCAAGCAGCAAGAAGGAAAAUGGUGCUGCCGCCGCUGAAGCAGCCGCUGCUGAUAGCGCCCCCGCCGCCGAUGCUGCCGAUGGUGAGAAGGCAAAGGCCGAUGAAUCCAAACCUGCUGCCGAUGAGAAGAAGGAAGAGUCUGCGCCCGCUGCUGAAGAGGCCAAGGCAACCAGCGAAGCAGCUGCUGUUGAGAAUGGAGCUGAAGAGGCAGCCAAUGGUGACUCAACAGAUGCCCCCGCCGCUGAAGCUGUAAAGCGAAAGGUUGAUGAGGCCGCUGCUAAGGCCGAUGAGGCCGUUGCCACACCAGAAAAGAAGGCGAAACUGGAUGAUGCCGCCAGCACAAAGGAUGAAGUUCAAAAUGGUGCUGAGGCUAGCGAAGUGGCUGCCUAAAAGCAUAAGCUUCUCCUCUCACACAAACUUCUACAAAUAAAUAUAUUACUACUUACUAACAACAACAACAACAAAAACACAAAAUCUAAUAAAACAAAAAAACGAAGAAACAACAACAAAAACAAUUAUGGCUCUCCUCGUCUGUUGUCAGCCAAACGUUCUAAUUUGGCUGACAAGAAAAAGAAAGAAAUAAGCAAAGAAAAAAUUCCAAAAACAAGAAAAUUCUCUAAUAUAAAAAUAAUCCCGAAAUGGGUAACCGUUGUCGACGUAGCAUUAAAAAGAAUUAUAGAAACCGGGUACCGAACAUUCAAUUCGCGAUUCUUUUUUGAAAAAAAAUCCUUGUCAUUUCUUGAUUCUUUUACUAUAAAUCUUUCUUUCUCUACACUUCUCUGUCUGAUACUGUCUAAUACUAACAACAAAUCAACCAGCAACAA